CUUGUCGCCACGAGCCACGUACUACACUCCCAUAAGCAGCUAUACCAUCGAUAGCAGGCAAAUGUGCGCUAUUAGUGCUAAAGGCUUUAGAAUUCAAUAGUAGAACCAAACAACAUCAGACAACAUCACAUUAUCGCUGGGUAUCCAAUGUCCAUCAACGUCUCUCGCGAACGACAUGCAGACAGUCAACUGGAACGCAAAUCUAUCUGCGGUGUCGGACAUCAUUUCUACGAUGCAGAACAUGCUACAUUCACAAGCAACUGUAUGCCAAUGUCUAUAUGUAUGUAUUCGAUGCGUUAUUGAAAAAUAGCAGAUGCUGGAUCUCGAGACUCCAUACUCCCGGGCCGCAUUUUUCAAUCCUAAUCAUUGUGCAAUCGAGCUCGAAGACCAGAGCAUCAACACCAUCAUCACCGAACGCCAGAAGCAGUUAGAUACAGUUUUGCACGAGAUCUCAGACCUGGAAACGAUUAUGGGUGGUAUCCAAAACCUUCGCCAACAACUUGUUGAAAAUAAAAACAAGAUAAUCGAGUCCGUUAAUUUGCACGAGAGACUCAGAUUGGUUCUGUGGCGCGUGCCAACUGAAAUCCUAUCCCACAUUUUCGUUUUAUGUCUCCCGGAAGACAAGUACUUGUCGCCUGCAUCAAGGCUUGCCCCCAUCCUGUUGACCAGAAUAUGCCGACGAUGGAGGGAGGUUGCCGCGGGCACGCCGAGUCUAUGGUGCAGGCUGCGUUUGGCAGUCGAGCACAAUGGCUGGCAGAAAAGAGCCUUCUGCUAUGACGCAUGGCUUAAGCGGACCCUAGGACAUCCGCUCUCGCUGUCACUACGCUGCUACGAUAACUGGACCCCAUUAGCACGAAGUCUUCUCCAGCCUUACAUCCAUCAAGUCUCUUCUCUUGAUAUCGAUUUUCAACGAGUGGAGCGACCUGAAAGUGUAUUCAAAGAUUUCUCAGCACUUCAGGAGCUCAUCAUUCCAAAUCAUAACACGUUCAAGCUGCUAUCUUCUUUCGCUCCCUUCUGGGUCCACCUAACAAAAGUCGAGAUCUCCAUAGAUACACAAUAUGCAUUCCUCCAUCUGCUCCGUCUAUGUCCCAACCUCUCGUCAUUAACGAAUCAUAUGGGAUUCUUCAAACAAAAGUCCUUGAAGCCAUUCACACACGCCAAACUUCAAUCCUUGCAUCUCUACGGCAAUCCUUGGAUAUCCAGAGACCCCUUAUUGGGUAUGUUUAGAGCUCUCUCGCUCCCCAAUUUACGCGUACUUGAUGUUUGGAAUACAUCAAUGUGGCCUCAUGAGGAGUUCAAGACGUUUUUGGCAAGGUCAUCGUGUCCCCUGGAGAGCCUGGUUUUCGGCGGUAUAGUGACUACGACUGUGGAGGAACGAGCGGAAUACGUUGACCUCGUUCCUUUCCUCAAAGUAGUAGUUCGGAAUCCCAGUCGUACUAAUAUGUGUUAUUAAGACUUGGCUGCUCUACUAGCACUGAUCCACUAUGUUCUGCGACACUCGCAGGGCUACUACAGGUUCACGCCAACACAACUC